CAUAUUACAACCAUGGCAACACUGUCAAUGCCAAUUAUCCAAAACAAUUAGGCUAUGUAAAUGUAGUCUUCUAUAAUAUUAAAUAUACGUACAUCUUGUCACAUAAAUUCAAUAUAAAAUGGCCAACCAAGAAAAGGAAUCUGAGAAACAAGAAGAGAAAAAGAGAAGGGUUCCAUUAUACCCUGGUUUUCCAGAAUUGGCCAGAUCUGAUGUUAGCAUUUAUCCCUCAUACUCCAGAUUAGCUUUGGCUUAUCGUGUUGUUUGUCGUCAUCGUUACCAUUGGGCUAAAGUUGCACAACGUCGCCAAUUCAUGAAUGAACUUCACAGCUUUGAACGUUUGCAGCCGAACGCUCUUGACGGUGUCAGAGUUCACAGGGAGUUCUCUCAGGGAAUCCUGUCCCAUAAGAUACCCUCGAGGAGAUACAUGCAGAAACUCACCCCCGACCCAUUGAAUACUCAUCAGAGAAUGAGAGUUGAAGAGAUUAUUAGUGGACGGGUUAAUUUUAGUCAAAAAUAAAUUUUUAAAAUUAAAUAUUAUGCAGAAUCAAUGAUUCUCAGCUCAAAAGUAGAAACAUUGUAUGGAUUUAGGCACUGGAAUAUUUUAAUGAGAUAUAUCUUAGAAUGGCUCCCAAGACACUGAGUAUCGGCAUUAUUUUCCUUCAGAGACCUGUCAGAGUCAAAUAUUAACAUUUAAUUAGCUUGGAAUUGCUACUGAAAUGCAUUUAAAUAACAACUGCUUUGUAGCCACAACUCUAGAUAGUUGGCCACAAGGUUUUCUGGAACACCUCUUGUACCAACUUUGUGAUAUAAAAUCUUAAAAAGAAAUCUUCAUUAAAUUUCUUGCACUGCCUAGUCGCUUAUGGUGGUGAAAAUAUAAAAUAUAUGAAAAUUUGCACUUAUAACAGCUAAUGUGGGUCAAGGUAAUAUAUAAUAAUACUGAAAGAAAUAAAAAGGAAACCAUUUCAUUAAUCAGCUCUUCAUACUUUUGUUUAUUUUAGAUAAAACAGUUAAAGAUGCUGCUGUCUAACAAAGGCUUUAAGCGAAUGAAAAUCAAGCUGUACUAUAGUGCCCGAUUAUCGAAUAUGUACUUUUGGAAUAACACAAUA